AUUGUAUAGAUUUCAUCAGAAACACAAGACUUGCCGACGUUGGGCAAAAUUGAUCAAUUGUGUCCAAACGCCACAUUAAACCGCCGUUAACUUGGCCACGUCUACUCCGGGUCUAGUUUUGACAAGCGACGCAAAUAAGAAAAGAAAGAACAUUUCAAUUCCUUGAAUUUAGAAACCAGACCAACUCUGCUCCACCGGCCACCGACGGACUCUUCUCUACUCUUCGCCGCCGGCCAGCGGAAUGAAGCAGAGGACUUGGCCGGCGAAAUUCGACAGCCCUCGCUUCUUCGCGCUCCCUUUGGUCAAGAAACAGACCACCCGCCCCCAGCCGCAUUCUUCCUCCAAAAUAAAGCCGCCGUUCUCCGAUCCCCACACCGACCAUCUCUGCGGCCAAGACUACUCUCAGCUCCCCAAUGACGUCUUGCUUAAAAUCGCGGCGACUUUUUCGUGGACCUACCUGCGCACAGCUUCGCUGGCCUGCAAGUCGUGGAGCGACGCGCUUCGCCCGCUAAGGGAGGCUAUGCUUUUUCUCAGCUGGGGGAAGCGAUUCAAGCAUGGCCGUGGUGGGGUCAAGCCCAACUUGGCCAAGGCACUCGAUUGCUUCCUCAAAGGGGCGGCGCGUGGGUCUACUCUGGCCAUGGUGGAUGCUGGGCUUUUGUAUUGGGAGAUGGGGAGGAAGGAUGAAGGAGUAGCUUGGUAUAGAAAGGCAGCCAUGCUAGGCGACCCUACUGGUCAGUGCAAUUUGGGGAUUUGUUUAUUGCAAGGUGAGUCUCCAAACGCAGAAGAGGCUGUUAAGUGGCUGCAUAAAGCUUCUAUUGCUGGCCAUGUUCGUGCUCAAUACCAAAGUGCACUGUGUUUCCAUCAGGGCCGCGGUGUGAUUAAGAAUUUUCAGGAAGCGGCAAAGUGGUAUCUGAAAGCUGCUGAAGGUGGAUAUGUACGUGCUAUGUAUAACACUUCAUUAUGCUACUCUUUUGGAGAAGGUUUGGUGCAGUCUCAUCGAUUAGGCAGAAAAUGGAUGAAGAGGGCAGCCGACCGGGGCCACAGUAAAGCUCAAUUUGACCAUGGAUUAAGUCUUUUUUCUGAAGGGGAUAUGGAGAAAGCUGUCCUGUACUUGGAACUUGCAACACGUGCGGGUGAGACGGCUGCAGAUCAUGUGAAGAAUGUUAUACUCCAACAACUUUCUCCAUCUUCUCGCAAUCAAGCCAUGAUCCUUAUCAACAAUUGGCGUCCUUUACCUUCGUCUCGUUAACUCACACACUCUUUUGGUAGACCUCUUUCUUGAAAAAGAAACCUUGGACAGUUAGACAGACCCCCCCCCCCCCCCCAAAAAAAAAAAAAAAAAGCUAUCCUUUCUCCUAAGCUUUUGGUGUUCCUCUUUUUGGAUCCGGUUUGUCUGCCAAGCUUUAUAAGCCAUCAGAUGCAGCAGAGUACAUGUCACCACCCCUGCUUCCUUGUUCUUGCUGCCAUCGGAUCUACACCAGGCAGAUCCCCUCUUUUUAGCCUCGUCCCAUGUAAAAUAAUCUUUUUUAUGUUCUCAAAAUGUAAAAUGAAAGGCCUUUCUUUUUUGUACUAAGAAAAGACUGAAAUAAAAUUUGGAGAUAGAUGGACUGUAUUUCUUUUUAAAACAAUUUGUGACCAAUUUGUUAGCAAGUCUUGUCAUUUUAUUAAUGAAACAGACAAUGCAUGACUGAUA